GGGAAAGAAGGCCGCGUUAGCAAUUGGUGCAUUGUGUGUGACAGUAGACUGUUGACAGACCGUUACCCUGGCGACCACAACAAACAAUGCCGAAAAACGCGCGGGUGACAAUUUGCAACGGACCUUAUGAAUCCAAUGGAGUCGUAGAACACAGGUCCUUCCGCCUGCAGGGCCUCCAGGCUGCUCUGACAGCGCGCGGGCACCAGUGCGUCUUGGAAGAAACGCGCGAGUGGAACAUGGUGGAGCUCGUGGUCAACGGGGAGAUCGUCUUCAGCUGUAACAUAAAGCAGCUGCAGUUUGGUGGAGAUGGAGAACUGGACCCUGUUUGCAAAGAAGCUGUUACUGCUGUGGAAAACGCUUACUGAAAAUAAUAGAAACCUACCACAUACAAGA